CGCCCAGCAGGAAUUUGUUUGCUGAGAUUGAAAAGUAUUAAUAAAUCUCAAUAAAAAGCAGACAGAGUCACCAGCUGGAUCUCGACAAUGUCGAAAAACAAAUCAAAAGGAAAGGGCAAGAAGCCGGCCCAGCCCGCCAACAGUCUCAGUGAAGAUACCCUCGCCCAGCUCACAUCGAGAAUCGAUUACAACUUGGCUGCAAAGGACAACAAGCGCAAGAACCCGCCGACCGAGGACUCAUCUGCUCAGAGCAGCAGCAAGAAACAAAAGGCCGCUCUUGGAAAGGCCCUCAGCAAGGAGGACUACGAGAUGCUGCUGGCCGAAGUUAAGGCUCUUGGUGGUGAUGAGCAGGACAUGGACCUGAUUGGCGGCGUUGACGAUUCUGAAGAUGAAUAUGACCAGGGUGCUAGUGAGCCUGUUGACAAGAAGCUCAAGGCAGAAUUAGCCGCUCUGUCAAAGGAGCUUGGCUUCGCUGAAGUGCAGCCCGAAGCGGAUGAAGAAGAGCCAGAGGCCGACGAACAGGAGGAUGAUGAGGAAGAGGACGACGAUGACGACGAGUCUGACGAAUCCGAAGACGACAGAGAGGAUGAAAAAAUCCCUGAGAGUCGCAAGAUGGGAAACAUGACCUUUGAACCCCGCGCCGACUGGCACGAAUACAAGCUCGCCAAGCUUCCCUCGCCCAUUACCGACGACCUAUCCCCAUUUAUGAGACCUAUCGACGCUCUCAAGCAAUAUGGCCAAACACUCCUCGAGGAGGACGCCAACCGCUACCGAACCAGCAUGUUCGCCGCCGACUCCAACAAGUUCUUGACCACCAUUAUGUCUACUGGUACCCUCAACGAUAAGGUUUCCGCCUUGACUUUGGCUGUGCAGCAGUCACCAGUCCACAACAUUCGUGCCUACGAUGCCCUCAUGGGUCUCGCCUCCAAGAAGAGUCGUGCCCAGGCUGUUGGCGCUGUUGACGCCCUGGUCGAUUUGCUCGGCCGUGGUGUCAUGCUCCCCAGCGAAAGACGUCUCCGCACAUUCCAGAACCAACCCGGAUUGCUGGGCACUCUACAAAAGACCGGCACCAAGGUUUGGACACACGGCCAGCCGUUGCCUGGCAAGAUUACACAGGAGCACUUGAUUUCAUGGGUUUUCGAGGACUGGCUGAAGACGGCAUACUUCAAGGUCAUCCAGCUUCUUGAAGUGUGGUGCUCUGAUGAGAUUGAGUACUCGCGUAUGCGUGCUGUCAACUUUGUCUACACCCUGUUGAGCGCUAAGCCCGAGCAGGAAGCCAACUUGCUGACCCUGCUUGUCAACAAACUGGGCGACCGCGAUCGCAAGAUUGCCUCCCGCACAUCCUAUCUCUUGCUCCAGAUCCAAAACUCCCACCCUGGCAUGAAGCCUAUCAUUGUCCGCACUGUUGAAAAAGAAGUCCUGCUCCACCCCUCACAAGACUCCCGCUCCAAGUACUACGCCAUCAACACCCUCAACCAGACCAUUCUUAGCAGUAAGGAGCCCGCUGUUGCCGAGGCUCUCAUUGCCAUUUAUUUUGAGCUAUUUGUUGCCCUUCUUAGGACUGGUAGUCUAGGAAUCGCUUUCGGUACUGAAGCAGAGCCCGCUGCAGCAGCUGAGGACGAGCCUGCCGCCGAAGAGACUGCACCUAAGCCCACUGGCAAGAAGAGAAGACAAAGAGGAGCAACUGGACGACCUGCCCCUACGGUUCCUGAAACUGAGGCCGCAGACAAGCUAGUUUCUGCCCUCCUGACUGGUGUCAACCGUGCCGCUCCCUUCGUCGGCUCCAACGAUACCGUCCUAGAGACUCACUUGGAUACUCUGUUUAAGAUUGCUCACUCGACCAACUUCAACACCAGUGUCCAGGCCCUCGUUCUCAUUGAACGUCUCUCCACAGCCCGUGCUCUUGCCACGGAUCGCUUCUACCGCACCCUCUACGAAUCCCUCCUCGACCCCCGCCUCAUCACCUCUUCCAAACAGUCGCUCUACCUCAACCUUCUCCUCCGCUCGCUUAAGAACGAUGUCGACGUUCGUCGCGUCAAAGCCUUCGUCAAGCGUAUGCUUCAGAUUGCCGGUAUCCACCAACCGGCGUUUGUCUGUGGUCUUCUCUACGUCAUCACACAGCUUCGCCAGUCCUUCCCUGACCUGUCAACACUGAUUGACGAGCCUGAGGAGUCCAUCUUUGACGAUGACGAAGACGAGGAGGAAAAGAAGAACAGACCUGUAUACGACGGCCGCAAGAGAAACCCCGAGCACAGCAAUGCCCAGCAGAGCUGUCUUUGGGAAAUGAUCCCCUACCAAGCACACUUCCACCCCUCAGUAAGCGUGUUUGCUGAGGCUCUCCUCAACAAGGGUAAGAAGAUUGAGAAGCCCGAUCUGGACAGCCACUCCCUGAUCCGCUUCCUCGACAAGUUUGUCUACCGUAACCCCAAGGCCACUGACGGAGCCAAGGGUGCAUCCAUCAUGCAACCCCUCCGUGCGGCCAAGGAUCUCGGCGACAUCUGGCUGGGCAGCCGUGGUGCUGGCACUACGACCACGCAAGUCAACAACGCCGCCUUCUGGAACAAGAAGGUCGAAGAUGUUGCUGCCGAAGACGUCUUCUUCCACGAGUACUUCUCGACUGUGGCCAAGGAGCCCAAGGUCCGCACCAAGAAGGAGACUGCUACCAAGGACGAUGCUGAGUCGGAUGCCGAGGAAGACGAGGUCUGGAAGGCUCUUGUCUCGACACAACCCGAGAUUGAAGGCGACGAUUCUGACGACGAAGGCUUUGACGACUUUGAUGACGAGGAGAUGGCAUCCCUCAACGGCUCCUCGCCAGCUCUGUCACUCGAAGACGACUCUGACGGCGGCGUCGACAUUGAAGGCACCGAUGACGAAAUGGAAGAUCUCGAAGACGACGAUGACGACGAUGAAGAAAUGGUUCCGUUUGUCGAUGACGAGGAGGAGGGUGAAAAGGAAGACAAGUCCAGCAAGGCCAAGGCGCGCCGCAAGAUGCUCAAGGGCCUGCCUACGUUUGCGUCAGUGGACGACUACGCGGAGAUGCUGGCCAACGAGGAGGACGAUAUGUAAAGUACAUGGGGAACAUAAAAAUAGCGUGCAUAAUGAAUAUAAUGUCAAGUUUACAUUU